ACUUCCGGCGGAUGGGAUAUGGAGUCUCAAGACCAACGACAACGCACCAAACGGUGGCUGGGUCACCAACAGCAUUCACGCGAUUUGCUGUCGAACAACCCGCGCGUCGCAUGUGUUUGCGGCGCUUGCAAUGCCUGUCCGCACUGCAGAGGUCGCCGGCGAAAACGCCUCUGCCAAGCCAAGCAAGAUUCUGGCAUUGUGUGUUCCGAGGAAUGUCCUGACUGUGGCGAUUCAGAACCCACAGGUGGUUCGAAUUCGAAAGCUGGUAGUGUAGAUGACAAAGAUGAUCAGAUCUUUUACUGCAGAUGUCCAGAAAGAAAGGAGAAACCAAAGAAUAUAUCUUUAUCUAGAAUGGAUUCAGACGACAAAUCCGAGCUGUCAGGGCCGGACCUGGUGAGCUUCAUUAAGGAGACGCUGAACAAGAGUACACGCGACCGAACCACACUACUAAGGGUCGAAAAGGAACUCAAUGCACUUGUAAAUGACACACGUCGCUGCGUCGUGCGGUUUCCAGUGAUGUCGUCAUACGGCCGCAUGUUGGUCCACCGCUGUGCGGCACUCUUCCAGCUCUCGCACCACCUGGACCAGGCUAAUAAAGGCUGUGUCACUGUAACCAAAAGUGGAACGAGCGGCGGCCGUAUUCCGUGCACGGGCUUCAGGCAAUGGUGCACAGUGACCUUCCCCAGCCCCAGCCCGCAGCGACAUAACUCAGACAGCACCAAUGCAAAGUCGAUUUUAAAACGCGAUACGAGCUCUCUAGACGAACCUGGACAAGGUGCGUUGAGCGCGACUAGAAGCAAGUCACUGGAGCAGCGAGAAAAAGAAUACGAACGGGUGCGGCGACGGAUUUUCAGCUCGGACAACUGCGUGCAGGACGAAUUUCAGUGGCCAUGGCUGAGCUCAGGGCCGGUGAAGCUGCUCACUCCCGGAGACGCUGGCAGGAAUAAACUCCUCAAGGUGCAAUCUCUAGAAGGCUCUGGCUGCGGCAGCCAAAGCCGUGGCCGCGGUGCGGUCUCCAAAAGCCACAGUUUUGGUGGCUAUGGAGGAGAAGACCAGAAUCGACAGGUGCCGAGACUGUUAAGUCGACAAGGAGACUUAGCGUCGAGCAGCUGGCGUUUGUCGCCUUCCAGCUCUGGGUACAGGACACUCAGCCUGCAUAGCACGGACUCUGUGACGCCCUCGCCUACCGGCGGUGCGAGUCCCGAACCCAUGGCUAGCACAACCGGUGAAGGCGUGGCUGUUGUAUGGGCUGUAACAGACUUAUCUGCGGUACCUCCGGGAGCCAUUGUUUUACAUCCACAGACGGGUCGUCCGCUUACCAACCCGGACGGCAGUGUGUACCACUUCGAACCUGACAAUCCACCGCCACUUUACAACAUUAACUAUGACAAUGAACGGAUGGACCAGAGCAACGAGAAAAGAAGAGGUAGAUUAGAAAAGCAACAUUCCUUCAUUGACAACGAAUGCGAAUGCCAGCCGAGUGAAGAGAGUCGUAAGUGUUGUUGCGAAUGUCGCAGGCACGACAACUGCACGAGGAGUAAUAAUUCUGAAAUAGUACAAGUAUCAUCACAAUCUGACGAGAAACCUAGUCAACAACCAAAAAGUCCUUGUAAAAACCGUUACCAACAACCGGACUCGACCACUCACAGUCAAGCACAAGAAGUGGCCACCAACCACAGGCCAACUUACACUACGUCGACCAAUGAGAAACCACUAGAAACAACCAAUCAGCGCCCGGUGUACGAAAAUCAAAGGUUUUCACCAAAUCCGCGGCAAGGAUGUGAAAGUCGAACAUUUGAGCCUGCCAAUCAGCAGCUAAGGUUGGAUAAUAGAACGUUUGAGAUGAAUCAGAAAUUCGAACCGACCAAUCAGAGAAAUGACUUGACCAGUCACAGGCCGAAGGAAGCGGAAGUACAAUGCAUUGCACAACACGGGUAUCAUCAAGGAUUCACUCAAGAAGAGGUGACGACCUCCGCCCAGGUCCAGAUUCAGGCGCAGCAGUUGCAGACUGUCCAAUACGUACAGCCAGAUUUAACUUUGCAACCGAAAACCACUCCUGUUCCUGUGCCUGAUCCUAAUAUACGACCUAUCUCAUUGACGAACGUCGUGUAUCCAGCACCUGUUCCGCAGCAUUAUCAGUUUAUCAAUCAGUGUCGAGUUGACCAGCAACUCCAACCGCUCUACCAACCAGUACAGCUGGAAGAGCAAAAACUCCCCUCAUCGCCCAGUGACAGCACGUUUCGCAUCGACCCCAGCUACCCCUACAGCGUAGCCGUGGACUACAGCUACGGAGCGUGUGUCGAGCCGGCCUCCAACCCACACCCGCAUCAUAUUGUCAACCAACAACCGCAUCAACACAGGAGCUUCAACAUGUCCUACGGCCAAGUGGAAAUGCCGCAAGCCGUUCUCCCGCAAUACCCAGUCAGCAACGUGGCUCUUCUGCCGCAACCCAUGCAGCCUUACCCGUAUCAAGAGCCGGUACAGUGGCAGAACGUGCAGCAGCUGCUGCCGCUGUCGAACCCUGCGCCGAAGCUGUUGCUGCACGAGCUGUUACCCACGCUGCCUUACUCGCUGCCCGUAUACCCACCCACGCCGUACAACGUGCUGUACCCGCAGAUGAUCCCACAACCGUACCCGGUCGUGCAGCCGGUGUAUCCUGUAUUGGACAACAAGCAGCCGGUUAACAACCAACGACCACCCAAACGGAACUCAAUAUCCGGGUCAUCGCGCAAUACGCCUAUGCAAACGCCACCGGACGACAAGAAAGUGCCUUACGACGACACGCGACACGACGCCGGCCAGUCUGCUACACAACAACAGCUACGACAACACUCGAGCGAGGUCGUCACUGCCAGAAUACAGGAGAUACAACAUCAGGUGGCUCGUCUAAACAUGCGCGGGGAGAAACGAGAAUGGCGCAGGCGCAACAGCGGCAACGGAAUACUGGGCAGUUAUCCCGCUAACACCUUCAAUGGACGAUUGCCGUGA